AUGUGGAAUAGUACAAGGGAAAUAGCAUCAGGGAUGUGGAAUAGUACAAGGGGAAUAGCAUCAGGAAUGUGGAAUAGUACAAGGGGAAUAGCAUCAGGGAUGUGGAAUAGUACAAGGGAAAUAGCAUCAGGGAUGUGGAAUAGUACAAGGGGAAUAGCAUCAGGAAUGUGGAAUAGUACAAGGGGAAUAGCAUCAGGGAUGUGGAAUAGUACAAGGGGAAUAGCAUCAGGGAUGUGGAAUAGUACAAGGGAAAUAGCAUCAGGGAUGUGGAAUAUUACAAGGGGAAUAGCAUCAGGGAUAUGGAAUAGUACAAGGGGAAUAGCAUCAGGGAUGUGGAAUAGUACAAGGGAAAUGGCAUCAGGAAUGUGGAAUAGUACAAGGGGAAUAGCAUCAGGGAUGUGGAAUAGUACAAGGGGAAUAGCAUCAGAGAUGUGGAAUAGUGUAAGGGAUAUAGCACCAGUGUUGUGA